UCUUCCAUCCUACGCAUCAGUUGUUUCCUAAUCGACCACGAAGAAAAUACCAGCGGGAAAUGAGGUACUUACUUUCGAUUAUCUUAGCCGUCCUCUUGGUCACAACAGAGGGCAAGGUUGUACCAACUAGUGAUGUCGAGAAUCAGCAGACUGAUACGCAACCUCCUCAAUUGUCCGACCACAUCAGAGAAGCCCAAAAUCUCAUCAACAAUUUGGGCGCUCAACUUCAACAGCAGCUAAAUCAAAAGGAUCUCAAUACAGCUAUUAAGGAAGGAACUACUAACUUAGUCAGCAAUGUCCAGAUGUUCUUCAAGAACAUGUCUGAUGAGAUCAAGGCCAAGAGUCCUGAGUUGGAGAGCGUUUGGACAAAUAUGAAGAACAAGCUGUCUGAAACGUUCAACAAUUUAAAUGUCAAUCCUGAGACAACGGAGCAGAUAAAUCAGCUGAGUACCAAGUUCCAAGAGGGUGUUCAGACUCUUGUGUCAGAAUCAGAGAACGCCGCUAAGACCAUCAGCGAAAAUUCCAGCAAGGUUCAAGAAGGUAUCGCCAAAUUUACCAAACAAGCAAUUGACAUCGCCGUGCAGGCUUCGCAAAACCUGAGUAAUCAGUUGCAGCAGGCCACGACACCACAACCAGAAAAUUAAGAAUAUCAAAUUAUUCCUGUAAAUUACUAAUGUGCAUAACAUCUUGGAUAAAUUCGCGAGAGUCAAUUUCGCCAAGUCAGUUGAAUCUGCGUAAUUUCGUAUCGUAUUAUAAACAUACUUGAUAGCUGAUAAAUAAUUAAUAAAAGUACUUGAUCAUUGUCA